AAUAGGAUUACGGGCGCCACGCGGUGGCAUCGCCGGAUAUCGUCGCGGGGGGAAAGCUGCCGGCGCGCCGACUCCAACCUUGGCGAUCGUCACAAGCCAGUUGCCUUGCACACAUGACGAGCCGAAGAAGCGAUUCUCCUUAGAGUGCGUGUGUGAUCUUUCCUGUUGCCUGCGAUGGAGUCGUGGCAGCCACUUCGUAGACAGCACCGACGACAGCGAAGCUUAGCCUCUCUGCUAGUGUCGUGCGUUGUCGUGCUGUGCCUUUCGUGCCUCGAUGGCAGCCGCGCCGAUGAGUCCCAGGCUCCGCUGGUGCGGAUAGAAAACGGACUGCUCGCUGGCAAGCGGAUCACAGUGGUGGGCAAACAGGUCGACGCGUUCCUCGGCAUACCGUACGCGGUGCCUCCUACAGGCAAUCUCCGCUUCGAGAAGCCGCAGCCCGCUGACGCUUGGGACGGCACGCUGCAGGCCGUCAACAAGCCGCCUCCAUGCCGUCAGCUGGACAUGCCAUUCCUAGCAGGUAAACGCCUAUACUAUUCCAACACCAGCACCGAAGACUGCCUGUACGUGAACGUGUGGAGGCCAUCGUCAAGUUGCCCCCGAUCCGAAUCGUGCGGAGCCAAACUGCCCGUCAUCGUGUUCAUACACGGCGGAGCGUUGCAGUGGGGAGACUCGAGCUUGUUCCUCAUGUUCGGAUUCCUGUCCGCCAAGAACCCGGACCUUCCCGGUAACAUGGGCAUUUGGGAUCAGGUUCUCCUCUUGAAAUGGGUUCAAAAGAACAUCGGGAAAUUCGGCGGUGACCCCACGAUGGUGACACUGAAGGGUCAGAGCGCUGGCUGCAAUCACAGCCGGCCUGCACGCUACGUCGCAACAAAUUUUAACGUGGUUGGUCAAUUUGUCAACGCUGCCAAUGCGCACGGUUGCAUUGAUAACUCGAAAGACUGGAGAGAGGAGACUACUACCAUUGUCAACUGCCUCAAGAAGGUCGAGGCUGACGUCAUCAUCGCCAAACUGAAGGAGGAGACCACCUUCAAGCAAAUGUUCCCGAUGGUCUACGGCGACCAGUUUUUUCCCAACGACCCCUUGGAUCCUGAAACGUACGCGGACCUGCACGUAAAAGAGAUCCUGCUCGGAACGACGACGGACGAAGGCACAGUAUUCCUCAACAAUAUACGGAAUGUUGCGCCUCAGUUUGAAGACUACAUCUCGGGUAACUACCGCCUUGCCAUGACACUGGCACUGAAGACCAUGUUCAACAUUCCGCUAUCUCACGCUCGAGAUAUUACGAUUGCCUACUUUGGCGACCAGAGCGUGGAGCACAACAAAAAAUCCGUCAUCGAUAUCUUCUGUGAACUCUUCGCUGACGCCACAAUUUACUGCCCAACACUCAUGUUCGCGGACGUGGCAACCCAGCGAGGGGUGAAGGCAUAUCGCUACCUAUUCGCCCACAGAGCUUCGGACAGCUACUGGCCCGAAUGGAUGGGCGUCACGCACGCAGACGACUUGCCUUACACAAUGGGCGCUUUACUACUACCCAAGGACGAGAACCUGUUUACUCCUUCGGUGGGGCAAGAACUUCGUGACCUGGUUCUCAAAAACACUCAUACUCCUGCCGAAGAAGAGUUCGUGAAGCAGAUAAUCGCAAGUUGGACGGCGUUUGCCAAACACGGAACGCCUACAAUGGUGACGCCUGGAGACAAGUGGCCGGCGCACACGACAAGCAAUUCGCUACUUGUAACCCUCAAGCCGAGCAGCUUCAACGUGACAGCGGAGCAGCAUAGGUCACGUUGUAACCUCUGGAAGCCACUGCUGUUGCGCAAGUCCUCAUCGCAUAGUUCAUCACACCCAGCAUCCCAGAAAACCACUACCGGAAAACCCAGUGGCAAAACGCCAAAGCCGAAGUUCUACCCCGACAAGCUGAACUCGGUCAUCAAGAAACGACCAUCAUCGAAAAUGUUGCUCUUCUAUGUAUUGUGCACCACGCUCACAUAUUAUGCCGCUGCUGGCGUCCCCGUCGUGCAAACAAGUUCGGGACUCGUUUCUGGAAAGCGAAUCCGCGUGAACAACAAGUUCGUCGAUGCUUUCUACGGUAUUCCAUACGCUGAGCCACCCGUCGGAGAACUACGUUUCCAGAAGCCUCGGCCCGCGAAAGCAUGGAAAGGAGUGUUCAACGCCACGACAAAGCCGACUCCUUGUUGUCAGCUAGACCUGAGGUUGAUGGAAAAUGUCACGUUGCACAACGACAAGUCCUCGGAAGAUUGCCUUUACCUCAACGUAUGGAGACCCGCACUUCGGGAGUGCAGGCGGCCACGCUGCCGCGCAAGGCUACCCGUAAUUGUGUUCGUCUACGGAGGAGCCUUCCAGUGGGGAGACUCCAGUCUUUUCGUGUACGACAUGGAAAGAUUCGUCUCCAAGGCGGACGUGGUUUUCGUCACGUUCAACUACCGACUUGGCAUCUUCGGUUUCCUGACGACCAACACCGAGGAAGCCCCCGCGAACAACGGCUUGUGGGACCAGAACCUCGUCUUGAAGUGGGUGAAGAGAAACAUUGCAUACUUUGGCGGUGACCGUAAUGACGUCACUUUCGCUGGACAAAGCGCUGGCGGAAUGUCGGUAGGCUUCCAUGCCAUCUCACCCCACAGCCGCGGACUCUUUAACAAGGUGGUAAUGCAUAGUGGAACUCCUUUGAGCUCCAUUCUUUGGCGAGCUCAGAGCUCCGUCGCCAAAAUGCGCAAUAUGGCAGGAGCACUGGGUUGUUACAACGCUACCAGGUUCGCGAAUGAACAGGCAGCCGACAUAGUAGCUUGCCUGAAAAAAAUAGACGCUACAGUAAUUAUGGACGCCGUGAGGAAGCAGGACCUUGCUAACCAGGCGUUCUUCCCCGUUUUCGGGGGUUCCUUCAUGCCCGACGACCCUGAAGUGGCGGCUACAUGGGCUGGACUGAACGUGCAAAGUGCUCUACUAGGGACAACCAAAGACGAGGGUACAUUAUUUGUAGACAACAUCCGUUACCUAAGCCCGCAAAUCGACCUCGUCCUCAAACAAGACUACAGGCUCGCUGUCAUGGCGUUCAUGGCGACGAUGUUCGGGAUACCCUUUAAGGACGCUAGAGGAAUUGUGGCCAAGUAUUACGGAGAUUACGACGUCGAGCAUGACAGCGACUCCGUGUUCGCCAUUUUCUCGCAGGUCGUCGGCGACUCCCUCUUCGAAUGUCCGACUCACUUUUUCGCCAACCUAAUAGCAAGAGGAGGUAUUCCGACGUACAAAUACAUCUUCGCUCAUCGACCGUCGUUUAGCCUCUGGCCAAAAAGCUUCGGUGCGGCGCACUCCGACGACAUCUAUUUCUUCUACGGAAGCGGUUCCCAAGUCUCUGACAAUAGCAAAUACACAAACGUUUUCGAUUCGCAAGCGAAAAAUUUGCUUUCAACCGUCAACCCUACUAAAGAAGAGGAAAGCUUCUCGGAUGAGCUGAUGAAGCUGUUAUACAAGUUCGCGAAAUCUGGGAAACCAGGUUCACCACAGGCUAUCACUUCCUGGCCGUCCUACGCUCCGCCCACGUACCAAAGCUUGCUUCUUCGUCCAAACAACUUCACCACCGGAAGUUCUUACGAGCGAUGCGAACUAUGGAAGCCUUACCUAUAUCACGAAUAA